AACCCCAAACGGGUGUGAGACCUAAAACGCCGAUACCCGCUCAUUUCUUAUUUCUCUCGCUUCCGAACUCUCCAAGCGCUUCAAUGGCUUUGCCGAAUCAGAAGACUGUUGAUUAUCCGAGCUUCAAGCUUGUGCUUGUUGGCGAUGGUGGCACUGGAAAGACCACUUUUGUGAAGAGACAUGUCACUGGGGAGUUUGAAAAGAAAUAUGAACCUACCAUUGGCGUGGAGGUGCACCCACUGGACUUCUUCACGAACUGUGGAAAAAUUAGAUUUUACUGCUGGGACACUGCUGGGCAAGAGAAGUUUGGUGGUUUGCGUGAUGGUUACUACAUCCAUGGGCAAUGUGCGAUCAUCAUGUUUGACGUUACUGCCAGAUUGACAUACAAAAACGUUCCUACAUGGCACCGUGAUCUUUGCAGGGUGUGUGAGAAUAUUCCAAUUGUUCUUUGUGGAAACAAGGUUGAUGUGAAGAAUAGGCAGGUUAAGGCCAAGCAGGUCACAUUCCACAGGAAGAAAAACUUACAGUACUAUGAAAUAUCUGCAAAGAGUAAUUACAACUUUGAGAAACCAUUCUUGUACCUGGCCAGGAAGUUAGCUGGGGAUGCUAACAUUCACUUUGUGGAAUCUCCUGCCCUUGCUCCUCCAGAAGUACAAAUUGACUUGGCCGUUCAGCAGCAGCAUGAAGCGGAGUUGGCUGCAGCUGCCAGUCAACCCCUGCCAGAUGAUGACGAUGACGCAUUUGAGUAAAGACGUGGUUUGAUCAACUGGUGAUGCUGUUCUUUACCAGAUAUCUUUACUUUCUCAUUUUCCCUCGAGUGAAAUUGUUGCUAGGAUUGACUGACAGGAGGCAAUAGGUGGGCUGGAUGUGGGUAUUGAUAGAGAUUUUGAGUUUUGUUGAAAACGUCAAGUUUUCCCGGAACAAGAAAGAAUUUGGUGUUGAUGAUUUUGUUUUCUGUGAGCGAGUUGUGUAUCGAUUAAUGUAACCGCGUGGACUGAAAGUUACAUUAUUUGGGUUUGAGUUGAUUUAAUUCCUUUCUUCCACCAUAUUCUGCAUUCUUGGGAUGGCUAGAAUAUUGAAUCAAGUUAUCAGUCUCCA